AUGUAGAUUUAUAAGAUAAAGAACAUUUUGAAGUAUUUAAAGUUGAAUAAUAAGGUUAUUGUUGGAAUUUUAGAGAAACCAAAAAAAUAGAGAAAUAGUAAUGAUUUAUAAUUAUUGGCAAUGGCAUUUUAAACAAUAAAAUAUUUUUAAGAAAUGAGAAAGACAACGAGUGAAGAUGAAAUGUUAAAUUUAUUUAGAGUAUAAUUAGUAUUAUUAAUAAAGGAAUUGUAAUAUAUAGAAGUACCUGCUAGAAGAACUUUGUUUCGUUUAGGUGAUAUAGGAAAGAACUUUUAUAUAAUUUUAAGUGGUUCAGUUUGGGUAUCAAAUAAUAUAAUAAUUAUAGGUUUUAGUAGCAAGAUCAGGUUUAUAGAGUGGUACAUUUUAAAAAAAAGAUGAAAACAACAAAGAUAAAAUUGAUAUAGAUGAAGGAACAUGUUAAGUAAUUAUUAUAAUUAUCAUUGUAGGAUGAAUAUGAAUUUAUUGAAUUAGAUGAUGAAAGUAUGUUAAAUUAAAAAUAUCCAAAUUUAAUGAAAGUUGGAUAAAUAACAUCUGGUGGUAGUUUUGGUGAAAUAGCUCUUACUAACUUUAUUCCAAGAUAAGCAACUAUUGUUUGUAAAGAGAAUUCACAAUUUAUUACCUUAUCAAGAGAAGCAUUUAAUAAAUUUUUAUGUAUUUACAUUAUACAUAUAUUAUGUUUAGCUGAAUAUUAUAAUAGAAUCCAAUAAAAAAAUUUUGAAUUUCUUAAAUCUAUUCAAAUAUUUAAAUCUUGGAAUGAUGCCGAAUUAAGUUAAAUGCAAUAUCAUCUCUAACCGUUAGAAUAUUGUUAUGAUACACUUAUUUAUAAAGAAGGUGAAAUUGUCAAGUAAUAUUUUAUUAUAUUAUUAUUUAUAGAGGUGUCUAUUUUGUUUUAGAAGGGUAAAUUGAAAUAACAUAAAAUACUAAAAAUGAAUUUCUAAUUGAUUAAUAAUAUGGUAGAAGAUUAUAAAGAUCUUAUAGUAAUAUAUUGUUAUUUAAUCAAAGGUCAAAAAAAUAUAUAAUUAAAGUUAAAUAGAUGUGGAUAUGGAUAAUUAUUUGGAUAUUUGGAAAUUGUCACUAAUUAAGAAUUUCGAUAAUCAAAAGCUGUUUGUUUAACUGAAAAAUCUAAAAUGUUAUUCUUACCAGCUGAUGUAAUUAUUUAUAUAUUUAAAAUUAGAGAUUUAAAUUAUAUUGUUGUUCUGGAUUAACUUUAUCAGAAUUGAAUAAAAUGAUUGAAAAACUAGAUGAAAAUAAAAAAAUCUCUAAAGAAAUUUUCUUAGGAAAUUUUUAUAAUCAUGCUAGUGGAUUUGAUUUCUUAACUUAAUCACCCAGUUUAUUUGUAAAAACUUAAGAUGAAGAAGAAAAGAUGGCUUAAGUCAAUUUAACUUUAUAAAAUAGAUAAUCAUAACAUAAAUUCAAUCAUUCUUAAAAAAAUACAGAAAGGAAAACUUAAAAAGCUGUUUAAGAGAUAUUAGGUAAAAUAUAACAUCAACCAUCUAAUAUUUAAAAUUAUUAUGAAUUUAUAACUUCUCAUUCAAAAGAAAAGAAAUCAGAACUUAAUUUUGAAUGUCCAUUAAUAGAAAUUCAAUAAAGCAGAAAGGCAAAGAUUCUAUAAUAAUAAUUAUAACACUAAUAAUAAACUUUAAAUUACAAAACACCAAGUUAAAAUAUAGAUUCGAGAGUAUGCUUAAUUUAAAGUUUGAGGCUACCUAAAUUAUUUAAAAAAUAAAAGAAUAAAGAAGAUGUCUAAUUAUAAGUGUAUAAAUUUAUUCGAUAAUAAAAUUAAAGUGUUUAACUUUAUUGA